AUGCAGGAGGAGCCUGAAAAGGGGAAAAUAAACAUGGUCGGAAACACUGAAAUAGGAAAACGGAAGAUCGAGAAAAAGACUGAAAUGGGGAGAAGGAAAAUCGAGAAAAAGACUGAAAUAGGAGAACGGAAGAUCGAGAAAGAGACUGAAAUAGGAGAACGGAAGAUCGAGAAAGAGACUGAAAAGGGCAAACGGAAGAUCGAGAAAAAUAUUAAAAUUGGAGAAAGGAAUAUUGAGGAAAAGACUGAAAUAGGAGAACGGAAGAUCGAAGAAAAAAUUGAAAAAAGAGAAAGGAAGAACGAGAAAAAGCCCGAAACAGGAGAAAGUAAGAUGGUUGAAAGCACUGAAAUAGGGAAACGGAAGAGCGAGGAAAAUACUGAAACUGGAGAGCGGAAGUCCGAUGAAAGGACUGUAAUAGGAGAACGGAAGAUCGAGGAAAAAAUUGAAAUAAGAGAAAGGAAGAACGAGAAAAAGCCCGAAACAGGAGAAAGUAAGAUGGGUGAAAGCACUGAAAUAGGACAACGGAAGAGCGAGGAAAAUACUGAAACUGGAGAGCGGAAGUUCGAUGAAAGGACUGUAAUAGGAGAACGGAAGAUCGAGGAAAAGACUGAAACCGGAGAACGGAAGAUCGAUGAAAGGACUGAAACCGGAGAACGGAAGAUCGAGGAAAAGACUGAAAACGGAGAACGGAAGAUCGAUGAAAAGACUGAAACUGGAGAACGGAAAAUCGAUGAAAGAACUGACACAGGAGAACAGAAGAUCGAUGAAAGGACUGAAACAGGAGAACGGAAGUUUGAUGAAAAGACUGAAACUAGAGAACGGAAGUUUGAUGAAAAGACUGAAACUAGAGAACAAAAGCUUGAUGAAAAGACUGAAAUAGAAGAACGAAAGAUCGAGAAAGAGACUGAAAUAGGUGAACGGAAGAUCGAGAAAGAGACUGAAAAGGGCGAACGGAAGAUCGAGAAAAAUACUGAAAUUGGAGAACGGAAUAUCGAGGAAAAGACUGAAAUAGGAGAACGGAAGAUCGAAGAAAAAAUUAAAAAAAGAAAAAGAAAGGAAGAACGAGAAAAAGCCCGAAACAGGAGAAAGUAA